UUUUCUAACUUAUUUCAUCCACACACUACCACGGGUGCUAGCUAGCUGCAAUAAUGGAACAACCUAAAGAAUUGGUGUUCAUCCCCGGUCCGGGAGUGGGCCACCUUGUCUCCGCCGUGGAAAUUGGACGCUUAAUCGUCAGCCGCCACCAAAACCUCUCUAUAACAUAUCUUCUCAUUGAUAUCCAUCCAAAUGACAAAUCCCUUGAUACUUACACGCAAUCACUGCCGUCAUCCGCCACUUCACGGCUGCGUUUCACCAAGAUCCAGCGUGCAGAAACCGAGUUAAGCCCAGAACUCGAUUCAAAACCCCUAGCCGUUUUGGCUAUUCUGCUUUUUGACAGUCAUAAGCCAUAUGUGAGAGAAGCAGUUCUUGAAAUCAUUGAAUCCGAGUCUUCCCAGGUUGUCGGAAUUAUAGUUGACAUGUUCUGUGUAAACAUGAUGGAUGUCGCCGAUGAGUUCAAGAUUCCGAGUUACGUGUUCUUUACCUCCAGCGCUGGCUUUCUUGCCCUCAUGUUACAGGCCCAGGUUAUUACCGAAGAGUUCAAGCAGGACAUAACUGAGUUUGACAUGGACAAAGAAUUGUUGAUUCCGGGUUUUCUAAAACCAGUUCCGGCUAAGGUUUUGCCCACUGUAAUGUUGGAUAAAAAUGGCGGGGUGGAUAUGGUCGUGUCUACUGCUCGGAGAAUCCGAGGUUCUAAUGGAAUCAUGGUGAAUACAUUCCUCGAACUUGAGACAAAUGCGAUCAAAUCUCUGUCGUCUGAUGAUAAGAUCCCACCUGUUUUCCCUGUCGGGCCUGUAAUCAGUCUUGAGCAGAAUUUAGGCGAUAAUGGGGGCAUUCUAAGGUGGUUGGACAACCAGCCGGCUUCCUCGGUUGUGUUUUUGUGCUUUGGGAGCUUGGGGAGUUUCAAUCGGGAACAAGUUAAGGAGAUCGCAGUAGCACUUGAGCGAACUGGCUACAGAUUCUUGUGGUCCUUACGGAAGCGGCCGAAGGAAGGUAGUGUAGAAAGUCCAUCUGAUUAUGAAAAUCUGGAGGAAGUUCUGCCCCAAGGUUUCUUGGAAAGGACUUCAGGUGUGGGAAAAGUGAUCGGGUGGGCACCCCAACUGGCCGUACUGUCCCACCCAGCUGUUGGCGGAUUCGUGUCCCACUGUGGCUGGAAUUCUACGCUGGAGAGCCUAUGGUUCGGGGUGCCGAUGGCUACAUGGCCAAUGUACAGUCUCAUGAGAAAGCAGUGUGUGGAUCCUACUGUGAUUAGAAGACCAAUUUGUUAA